UGCUGUAACUGCUCUUCCCCAUUCUGUCACGUUGAGGUUAGCUCAGAGAGCAGUUGUGCCCUCAGAACAGACACAACUUUUCCGGUGCCAACCUCAAGCUCAGACAAAAAAAAAAAAAAAAAAAAGGCAGAGGCAGAUAAACGGAGCAUCAUCGGAGGAAGAAGAAGAAGCUCAUGCAUUUACACAGAUAAGAGCGAGAAAAACUGACAGGGGGAGUAACGCUGACAGAAGGGAAGUCUCUCAGAGUUCGCCUCCUGAGCUUCAUAUGCAGGAGUGAGGCGUGAGAGAGAAGUGGAGGAGCAGGUUACGCGGCGUAACUUUGCACAUUCCUGAUGGCGUCUGGUUCUCCUCCAGCACUGCCUGUCAAACAGCACAGGCGGUCUAGUGCGGACUCUGACUGUGUUACGCUCAGCCCCGCUGGUCUCCAGCAUCAGAACAAUGCGUUCAAUGAAGUCUUCUCUGAACCCACUGACUGUCACGCAGCACAGUGCCCCAUACACCAGCGCUACGACCAGUCCAGGCACCAGAUGAGGUUUUUCUCUGACGGCACCCCGCCGCCAGUCCCCAAGAAGAGGUUAGCGCGCACCCUCUCCCUCCCUGGCAGCAACGCUCCCUCCUUCUCUCCUCUGUCUCCACUCUCUCCCCAGCAAACAUACCCCCAGAACUUUGCCAACCCCCUUUACAUGAUGGGCCUUAUGCCUGACGCCUGUUUGCACGAGGAGGUGGAGGAGAGUAAACCAGCAAGAGGGAGCCCCGUCCCCUCACUGUCCUUCUCCCAGCUGUCCUUUGACACCCCAGACGAGCAUCUGCCCUACCUCUUCAGCAGCUUCGUCGACCAGAUGGUUGUUUCUCAGGGGAUUCAGCAUCGCCACCUCCUCUUCCUUAGGACUAUGGCGCAGAGUGUGGAGGCCAGGAGCCUGCUACAGGGAGAGUCCACAGAGAAGGACGUCGGCUCAUACCAAGCUCAGGAUUUCCUGCUGUGUCAGGGCGGCAAGCCAAAGCAGAUCGGAGACAUGAUUUACUACAGCGUUCGCAGCCCCAAGUUCCCCGGGAGGGUGCUGGGCUUAAGGAUCCACAAACGGGCUGCUGAAACCUCCCCAGCUCCCGUCGAAUACCAACCGCCUCAUGUGAAUGUGCAAAAUGUUAUUGCCUGUUUUCAACCCAGCAGCAUCCUGGGAAACAAUGCUCCCACGGCCUCUUCCACCUCUCAGUCAGACUGUUCCCCCGCUGAACCACCAGGUGGUAGCAGCGCUGAGUGCGCCACAGAUCCUGCCAGCACCAGUGUGCCCACUGUGCAGUCUUUCCUCCAGAGAGGACACGCCGUGAGCAUAGAGAGAGACCUGCCACACGCCACUCUAGAGGACUUUGUUCGGGAGAGUCGCCCGCUGCAGAGCGCAGAGCGUUUGGAUUAUGACAGACAGGUGUGCUUCGUGCUGCUGCAGAUACUAAUGGGCUCCCAACAUCUGUACAAAAACAGAGUCUCUGCGGCUGAGCUCAGACCCCAGGACAUCCUUCUGGUGUGGCCGAGCAGGGAGACGGAAACGGGCGAAGACACGAUGAAACGGGCGGAGCCGAGAAGUUCCAAGACCGGCACACAGAAAGAAGAGAUGGAGUGGGAGAAGACGGAGGAUAAAGGGAGGACCCAGACGUUGUGGAGGACCCGAGGUUCUCCUCAUGUAGUGUUAGUGCCAUCGUCUUCUGCACCUCCACCCCUUGCCUCCAUUAAAUUACAGAUUGCUGCCUUAAUUCAGUUCUGCCUCAAACCACAACAGAGCUCACAGUCUCAGGAUUCAGUUCCAUAUCUGUCCUCCUACCGAAGGGGCCUUCUUCAUGUGUCCUCCGUGCUCCCGAGUGAGAGGGGGCCCCAGGUGGCAGACAUGGUGGUCAUGCUUCAGGUGCUCCUCUGGGGUCCCCGUGUCCCUCUCUUCAACCCCAGGGGCUCCACAACCACGACUGUACAUAACUGGCUGACCAUCAAGCGAGCCCUGCUGGUCAUGAAGUUGGCAGAGAGGGCGCUGAUCCAGGAUCAGUCUGCUCUGGACUGGGAAGACUGCAUGUGCCUGCAAUAUCUGUCAUUCACAGACUCUGAAACCGUUAUUAGUGUGACCGGUCCGCUGUGGCACGCUCUGAGCACCGACUGAGAUCUCUUGUAGAUAUGCGAUCAUCUGUUGUAAAUGAAAUCAACGCUUUGAUUACACUCGCGCAGUUAUCAGUCCACAUAGUAAAGUCGUCAGUCCGUAUUAUGUUGAACAGUCCAAAGAAACGGCUUGGCAACAAUAUCCAUGUCUAUCCCUUCAUAAUGUGUAAUUGAUUUAAUCAAAUGUCUACCUGGUCAUUAAAAGCCCUAAAACAA